AUGGCAUUCUUAAGACAAAUAUGGACUCUCUUUGUCAAAAAUCUCCUAAUCACGCUUAUCCGACCUUUACUUUCAACAACCACUCGCGCAUUUACCCUUCCUGUCAUUUUCAUCGCAUUUCUGGCCUUUGCUCGUAAUUUAUUCAUUCCUCCCGCCCAAUUUGGCAUCGGAAAGGCAACUCCCAUACGAUCCUUACCCAGCGCACUCAAUGCAGCCGCAGGCGGAAGGGAUAAACUUGUAUUUGUGAACAGUGGUUUCACCGGCGGGGAAAUCGACCGUGUCAUUGCGCAAGUUGCGACACCUAUCAGGUCCAGCGGCAAGAAUGUCGAAAUCCUAUCCUCCCCAGAUCAGUUGGUGGACACUUGCAAGAGUUCCUUAAUGGGAACAACCCAAUGCAUAGCCGCAGCCGUGUUCUAUUCGUCUCCCAGUGAAGGACCCGGCAGGAAAUGGAAUUAUACAAUCAAAGCGGAUGGCGGUUUAGGCCGAGGAAAGAUUCGAACUGGAGACACUGAUAAUGAUGCUGAAAUAUACGUCCUUCCCUUUCAACAUGCAGUUGACUGGGCCAUCGCAUCUGUUGACUCAAGCAAUGGCGACCCUCCUCAAGGACAGGUCAUGGAGUAUCCGUAUACGUCGAAAACUGCAGAGGAACGGAAACAAACAAUUCGCAUUCGCUAUAUGGGCGCAAUUAUUGAUAUCCUUGCCAUUGCCUUCCUGGUUGGAAUCGUGGGCGUGACAUAUCAGCUUACCGGCCUAGUUGCAGCAGAGAGAGAGCUGGGUAUGAGCCAACUUAUUGAUUGUAUGAUGCCAAAUACAGCACACUGGAAAUGCCAAGCCACCCGCUUCAUCGCCGCACACCUCGCCUUAGAUGCGAUUUAUGCUCCAGGCUGGAUCGUCAUGGCGAUCAUCCUCAAUUUUGGGGUUUUUACCAGGACAUCACCAGGUAUUCAAGUCAUUUUUCAGUUACUUGCCGGCCUCUCUUUAUCUUCAUUCUCGCUAUUCGGUGCCUCUUUCUUCAGAAAAUCACAGUUGAGUGGCAUAUCUGUGACAAUUGCUUGUCUCUUAUUGGGGAUAAUUUCACAGCUUGUUGGCCCAAGAAGCAACGCUGGGGUUGCAAUUUUGUCUCUGCUUUUCCCCCCGAUGAACUACAUUCAUUUUACAAUUUUUAUGGCUCGAUGGGAGAGGCAAGAUCUGCCCACAAAUAUGAUCAAGGCCGCUCCAGAGUCCCCAUGGACGAUCCCAGGUAUCGCUUUUUGGAUGUUCUGCAUCAUCCAAAUCAUAGUCUAUCCGGUACUGGGUACUUGGGUAGAGCGAUUACUUCAUGGGACACAAUCAAAAGAUCGCCAAACCACGAAAUCCAGCACCGCACCGACAGCAGUUUCAUUAAAUGGUUUCACCAAAACCUUUAAACCCAACUGGUUUCAUCGAAAAUUCGGCUCAAUAUUUGGUAGCCAGCGUCAGGAGGUUUUGGCCGUUGAUAACUUGAAUCUCGAUGUUGCAAAGGGUGAGAUCAUGGUUCUACUUGGCGCUAAUGGUAGUGGGAAGUCUACCACUUUGGAUGCAAUUUCUGGCCUUUCGAAAAUAUCUGCUGGUUCCAUUGCUGUUACUUUCCCAGAUGCGGCCGGCGGGUUCGGCUUAUGCCCUCAAAAAAAUGUCUUAUGGGAUCACUUGACCGUAUUGGAGCACGUUCAAAUUUUCAAUAGAUUGAAGGCCAGCUCGGACAUUGACACCAAAGCACAACUUACACAACUCGUUGCAGACUGUGAUCUAGAGAAGAAACUGAAGGCUGCUGCACGAACGCUAUCUGGCGGACAAAAGAGGAAGCUCCAGUUAGCAAUGAUGUUUACGGGUGGAUCGUCUGUUUGCUGUGUUGAUGAAGUGUCGUCCGGUCUUGAUCCAAUCUCAAGAAGAAAGAUUUGGGAUAUUCUUUUAGCAGAACGAGGACAACGGACUAUUUUACUAACUACUCACUUUCUGGACGAAGCUGAUUUGCUGGCGGACCAUAUCGCUAUCUUAUCAAAAGGAUCCUUAAAAGGGAUAGGAUCAAGCGUUGAGCUUAAGAAUAAACUUGGGUCAGGCUAUCGAAUUCAUGUAUAUCAUGUCCCCGGCUCUGAGAAGACGCCCCUACCUCAGUUUGAAGACAUUACAACUGAGAUACAUGACGAUCAGAUAGUCUAUCGCGUCCCAACCUCGUCACAGACGGCUGACUUUGUCACAAAGCUUGAGGAACUUGGAAUUUCAGAGUAUCGUGUCAGUGGGCCCACUAUCGAGGAUGUGUUCUUAAAAGUGGCAGAAGAGGUCCAGCGGUCCAGCGAUCCCCUCAAUAUCGACGCGCCCAGCGACAAGAAUGAUUCUAGGCAGGUUCCAGAUCUUCUGACUGGGAAACGUAUUGGGAUUGCCCAACAGACUUGGAUUCUCUUCCGUAAAAGGGCCACCAUUCUACGACGAAAUUGGCUUCCAUACCUCGCCGCGUUUUUACUACCUAUUAUUGCCGCAGGCUUAGUCACACUAUUUCUAAAGGAUUUUAAACGGCCCAACUGCUCUGGGCCAGGAACAUCGUUUGAAUUUGAUGUUGGGUCCUUGUUGUCGCAACUUAACCUUCAAUUGGUUGUUGGCCCAGCCAGCAAAAUAUCUCCAGCUUCUGUCAGCAGAUUCACUAGCUCGCUGCCAGGUUCUUCCUCGUCAAAACUUAAUGCAACUUUACUACUUAGCAAGACCCAUUUCGUCAACACAUUAGAAGAGUUUAACCGGUAUAUUGAUCAGAACUUCCGAAAUGUGACUCCAGGAGGCUUUUACCUUGGAGACGACUCUUCUCCUCCCACUUUCGCCUGGAAAGGGAAUGCAGAUCUAUCGCUUCCGACAAUUGUCCAAAAUGCUCUGGAUAACCUUUUAACAAACGUCUCGAUAAGCACUCAAUACCAGAGCUUUGAAUUACCAUUUGCGCAAAAUUCUGGAAAGGCUCUUCAGCUGAUUACCUACUUCGGCCUUGCUUUGUCAGUUUACCCGGCAUUCUUUUCCCUCUACCUCACGGUUGAACGCCUUAGAAACGUCCGUGCACUGCAUUAUAGCAAUGGCGUCCGAAGUCUCCCAUUAUGGACAGCAUAUCUCUGCUUUGAUUCUCUGUUAGUUCUCGCAGUGAGUGUUUUAGUGACAGCCAUUUUCAGAGGGGUAUCAGACGCAUGGUAUCAUCCUGGAUAUUUAUUUGUUGUUUUGUUCCUUUAUGGGAUUGCGUCGACCUUGUUUUCAUAUGUUGUGUCAAGGCUCGCGAAAUCCCAACUGGCAGCUUUUGCCUUUGCUGCAGGAGCACAAUCGGUCGUGUUCCUACUCUACUUCAUUGCAUACCUAUCUGUCUUAACGUACGCUCCUGCUGCACAAGUAGAUUCACUCGUGAAAAUCGUGCACUUUGUUAUUGCAGCACUUGCACCAAUCGGCAAUAUUACUCGAUCUCUAUUCACAGCUUUGAACGUAUUUUCUAUCCUCUGUAGGGAUAAGCAAGUCGCCACGUAUCCAGGAGAAAUCACUCUUUACGGAGGCCCAAUCUUAUAUCUUACUCUCCAGUCAAUAUUCCUUUUUAGCUUAUUGUUGUGGUGGGACUCCGGCUCGGUUUUUCCCAUGUGGCGAAAAGAAGCCAAAGUCCAAGAUUUUGAAUCAGAUAUCCACGCCGAUAAGGACCUCAACGACGAACUCGCCCGGGUAUCCACUUCUAACGAUGGCCUAAGAGUCCUUCAUCUUUCGAAAUCGUUUGGAAAAUUUGUUGCAGUUCAGGAUGUCACAUUUGGGGUGGCUCGAGGCGAAGUUUUUGCCCUGCUUGGUCCUAAUGGUGCUGGAAAAUCUACCACUAUUAGUUUAAUUAGGGGAGAUAUUCAACCUUCCCGUGAAGGUGGAGAAAUCCUUGUUGAGAACAUCUCUGUUAUCAAACAGCGUGCUGCUGCAAGGGCCCAUCUUGGCGUAUGCCCACAGUUUGAUGCUAUGGAUCAGAUGACCGUCCUCGAACAUCUAAGAUUUUAUGCUCGUAUCCGAGGCGUGUCUAACGUCGAACACAAUGUCAAUGAAGUUGUUCGUGCUGUUGGCCUAACUGCGUUCCGUAACCGCAUGGCAGCGAAACUAUCAGGCGGUAAUAAGAGAAAACUGUCUCUUGGAAUUGCAUUAAUGGGUAACCCAACCGUGCUUUUACUCGAUGAACCAUCAUCUGGUAUGGAUGCAGCGUCUAAGCGAGUUAUGUGGCGCACGCUCGCUUCAGUGGUUCCAGGGCGUUCCCUUGUCUUAACAACCCAUUCUAUGGAAGAGGCAGAUGCCCUUGCAAACCGUGCGGGCAUCAUGGCAAAGAGGAUGCUUGCCCUUGGAACCACUGACUACCUGCGCAGGCGACACGGCAAUGCUUAUUAUAUUCAUGUUGUACACAAAUCAGCGCCACAUACCUCUGACCAAGACAUGGAGAAUAUCCGUAGUUGGGUGUCGGAUGUUUUUCCGGGUACCUCGAUCGAGCAAAAGACCUAUCACGGACAGUUACGUUUUAGUAUUCGGAGUCCAGGUUCGUCCACUGCCGGCGCUCUUCCGGAAAUUACCACAUCAGACCAUCUAGAUAGCAUUUCGCCUCAUGUAGAGGAUGCUUCUCUGCAAAGAAAUGCUGAAAGCGUAAAUAUCAGCAAAGUGUUUUCUCUUCUAGAAGAAUCUAAGGCAGACCUCGGCAUCGAGUUUUACUCUGUUAGCCAGACAACUCUAGACCAAGUGUUCCUUUCCAUAGUUGGGAAACACCAUGUUGAUGAAGAGGGAGAAACAUCAUAG